AUGGCAAGAUCAACCAGGACAAAGAUCAAAGACAAGUCGACUACUUCUCCCGCAUCCAUCACAAAAGACGAGACUACCUCAUCCUCAAACCACCCUACUCUUCUGUCUCACGCUCGAGGGCAACCAACACCCCUGCCUAACGAGAUAGUCCUCCAAAUCCUCUCUUACCUUUCCAACGACCGAACAUCCUUACUAUCGUGUUCUCGAGUAUCCAAGACAUUCCACAAACUCUCUUCUCCACUCUUAUGGCAUCAUCUCAAACUAUCACCCUUCUUCGCCAUACCUCGACUCGUCAGUAACAACGGUGAAGGUGUAUAUCGUAAGAUCGAAGAUCCUCAGAAGGCACAAUGUGGUUCAAUCGGAACAGGGAAGAAAGACCUCAAACCGCUCCUCAAGCAUGUUGAGAAGUUUUACCUCGAGUCUCAUACACCUGAAUGGUGUUACCAUGGAUAUAACACUUCGCUCAAAUUACCAAAUUUGCAAAUACUCGAAUUGGAUAUACUCUCGAUGCGUAAACAGGAUCACAGGAAGAUUCAUCUUAGUGAUCCAACUUUGACCUCCAGAAACCAAUAUAAUCCAAAUUGUAGAUUACUCAGAGAUCUCACUCCUUCGACUGUUACUUUGAGAGAUAAUUUCAAUAAGGGAUUAGAUUUUUGUAAAGGAUCUAUACCUUUAUCGAUAUGGAAAUGCGUCGAGGAACUGAUUUUGGUCUCGCCAGUAAGGGAUAUACCAUGUUUAGAACUCGAACCUGUAGCUGCGCCCAUACCACUUACACUGAAGGAUCUAGAAAGAUUGACAUGGAUAUUUCAUCCGCCUCCUACCUUAGAUGGAGGUGAGAAGGUGAUGUAUGCGUUAGAUGCACCUCAUCGACCCGACUUGUACAAUGCCAUUCAAAUUAUCACCCUCAUCAUUCAACUCAAGAACAUUCAAUCAGUCAAGUUGGUAAAUCCAGGUAUACUCGCUAGUCUAAUUGAAGAGAACUCAGGAGCGACUAAGGAUCAAUUGCAUUGGGAAAGUAAAGAUUACAUCUUAUGUAAAUUUGGGGCGGAGACCCGGAAGAUGGGUUGGACAGAAGGGAAGAUAGGUGAAUCGAAAGAUAAGAUUGAGUUUCUGACGUUUGAGGAAUGGGAGGAAGAACAGGGUUGGGUAGGGAGGUUUGAAAAGAAUGAGGUGGAGAAAUGGAAAGAGGCGAUGAGAGAUUAA